UACUCAGUAAUUUAGCAUGAAUUUAAACUCACAUCAAUCUUCUCACUCGUUAAUCCAGAAGUUGCAACUGCCUAUCAACCAUUCCACAUUACAACCUAUAUAAGCAACAAGACCAGUAAUUCAAUUUCCACCAAAUUGAAUAAACAAUCAUCAGUACCUUAAUAUACUAGAAAUAAGGCUACAACAACUCAACAUGUUACCAGUACCAUUUUUCUUGCUUGUAGUUUUCCUACCAAAGCCAAAGGAUUAGCAAUGCCAUCCAUGGAUUCCCCAAACCCUCUCUUAGCUGAUCAUUUCCCAGACCCAUUUUGUGUCAUGGAACAAACCUACUUUGGAGUUGAGAAAGACCAAUCAGCCAUGACAUUGUCACCGGUUAAAGUAGACUGGAAGGAAACUCCAGAAGAACAUGUUAUAGUGAUGGACGUGCCGGGGUUGAGAAAAGAUAAGAUAAAGAUAGAAGUGGAAGAGAACAGCGUGCUGAGAGUGAUUGGAGAAAGAAAGAAAGAAGAGGAGAAAAAAGGUGAUCGUUGGCAUAGAGCUGAAAGAUCAUAUGGAAAAUUUUGGAGACAGUUUAGAUUGCCUGAAAAUGCUGAUUUGGAUUCGGUUAAGGCCAAGAUGGAAAAUGGUGUUCUUACUUUAACACUUCGUAAGUUGUCACAUGGUAAGAUUAAAAGUACUAGACUUGUUAGCAUUGAGGAGGAGAAUGAGAAAGCAAGCAAGCUUAGCGAUGAUGAGGCUAAUAACAAUGAGCUUGGAAAUAAUUAGCAUGUGUUUGUUUUGAAUAAAGGGAUAUCACCUAAGGUCUGUGUUAUUGUGAAGGAAUUAUUCGGUUGCUGAAGAUGAAUGAGUAUGUG